GUUUAGAGUUUCUCUAAAGCAAUAGUCCAAUGACUCAUGAAAAUGUUAUCUGACUGUUUUCAUAUGCAACUUGUUUUUUAUAUAUAGGUUCUCAACGCAAACAUGAAGCUGACCUUAGGCUUUAGCAUUGCUCUGUUACUGAGCCUUCAACAUGUCUCCGCUCAGUCUUCAUCCCCUGUGACGGCGAUGCCUGAUACAGACGUAAAUGUCACCAUGGCAUUAGAAGAAGACCUGGGGGCUUCAUCUGGCUCUGGCAUUGAGCUGAACAGUGGAGAUGACGCUCAAAACCAGACCUCAUCAGUUUCAUUAGUAACUGGCAAACCAAAUGAUGAAAAUGUGACAGUGACAUCACUACCCUUUGUACCUCUCAACAGCAAUGAAAUCCACGAGACCUCAGACGAUAACGUGAGCAGUUCAGUUACACCUACACCUACCCCAAACCUGGGACCUUCAGCACCCAACAAAACUGAUCUAAACAACACCAACAGCACAAAUGUACCUUCAGAAAUGACUUCUAAUGACACAACCCCCGUCACAUUCACAGGAAACGUUACUACUACACGUUCACCUCAGGUUGCAAAUUCAACUAAGCCACCAAACGUAAAUGCCACCAACACGACACUUCCAGCAACCACCAUGUUGCCCACUAAUGAGAAUUCCACUGAAAAGACUGUCCCAGCAACCACCAUGUUGCCCACUAAUGAGAAUUCCACUGAAAGGACUUUCCCAACAGCUGAGGUACCCUACAAUGACAAUUUCACAAAUGUGACUGCUCCAGCUGAAUUUGUUACUGAAAUGAACAGAACUGGCGGAUCAUUUAAUGUCAGAGGGGACACGGAUAGAGGUUUGUCAUCAGCUACUAACGAUCAUCACAAAAAUCAGGCCUGGGGAGCAUUUCUGGGUUUUACCAUUGCUGUAUCAAUUGUAGCCAUGGUGAUUUAUGUCAUCCAAAAACGAAGAGGCUACAGAGAUUUCUCACACAGGAAACUGGUGGAGGACGCACCACAGGAUCCAGUUCUCCGUCUGGACAACAGCGAGCCUCUGGAUUUGAAACUCGGCGGCUUUGCUUACUACAAUCCUGGACAACAAGGGGACAACAUCCGAAUGACCAACUUCCCUCGGGGCCAGUAUAACUGAUGAUUAUUCUCCUAUGCCAAAAAAAACUUCCACAAUAAGCUGUGGCUUGAUCUUGAACCAGACGUCUCUAGAUCUGUUUCUUUUCAAAUAUGUUAAGCACCUUUUGCAAAAUCAAGAUGAGCAAAUUGCCUA